CUCAGUUACAUUACUUUCUUUUGUGAAUGUGUUAUCUAAAAAAAAAAAAUGAAACAGUUAAAACUUACAGGUUUUGUUAUUUUCUUUUUCUUUUUGACUGAAUCCCUAACUCUGCCCACAAAGCCUCAAGAUGUAGAUGAUGUCAGUGUCACCAAAAAAUUUAUAGAGGAGAAUGUUGGAUAUAUCACCAUCAUUGCAUUUGCUCAAUAUAUUCAGGAGGCAUCCUUUGAAGAAGUAGAAAUGUUGGCGAAAGCCAUGACAGAAUACAGAGAUAAAUGCUUGGCUGACAGGACACUCCCAGAGUGUUCAAAAUUAGCUAAUGAUGUUUUACUGGAAAAUAUAUGUGCUAUGGAGGGGCUUCCACAAAAGCAUAACUUUUUACACUGUUGCCGUAAGAUUGACGUAGAAAGAAAACUCUGUUUCCUCCAUAACAAGAAGGCUGACGUGGGAUUUCUGCCUCCUCUCCCUACUCUGGAUCCUGAAGAGAAAUGCCAGACUUUUAAAAAUAACAGAGAAUCUUUUCUAAAUAAUUAUAUCUAUGAAAUUUCCAGAAGGAACCCCUUUGUUUUUGCCCCUACACUUCUAACCGUUGCUGCUCGUUUUGAGGAGAUGACUAAAACCUGUUGCGAAGAACAAGAAAAAGCUUACUGCUUUCGAACAAAGGCAGAACAUUUCAUACAAUAUUUAAAAGCAUUGUCUUCUUAUCAAAAAAAUGUCUGUGGGGCCCUUAUGAAAUUUGGACCACAAAUCUUACAAUCUAUAAACACUGCUGUACUUAGUCAAAAAUUCCCCAAGAUUGAAUUUAAGGAACUAACCUCCCUCCUCAAAGAUGUUUCUUCCAAAUAUGAUGGAUGCUGUGAAGGCGAUGUUGUGGAGUGCAUUCACGGCAGGAGCAAAAUUAUGAGCCAUAUUUGUUCAAAACAAGAUUCCAUCUCCAGCAAAAUCAAAGGGUGCUGUGAAAAGAAGAUACCAGAGCGUGGCGAGUGCAUAAUUUACUCAAAUAAAGAUGAUAGACCUAACGACUUAUCUCUAAGAGAAACAAAGUUUACUGAAAGCAACAAUGUGUGUGAGGAACGAAAUGCUGACCGCGGGAACUUCAAGACUGAGUUUCUUUAUGAAUAUGCAAGGAGACAUACAGAACUGUCCAUACCAGAGCUGUUAAGAAUUGCUGAAACGUAUGAGGAUCUCCUAGGAGAAUGUUGCAACACGGAAAACCCUCCAGACUGUUACAGAGAUGCGGAAAACAGAUUCAAUGAGACAACUGAGAAAAGCCUCAAGAUAGUACAGCAAGAAUGUGAACAUUUUCAGAAUUUGGGGAAGGAUGACUUGAAAUACUACUACCUCAUCAAACUCACAAAGAUAGCCCCCCAGCUGUCCACUGAAGAACUGACCUUUCUUGGCAAAGAGAUGGUGAUAGCAUUGACCACCUGCUGCACCCUGAGUGAAGAGUUUGCCUGCGUUGAUAAUUUGAUGGAUUUAGUUCUUGGACAGUUAUGUGGAAUAAAUGAAAAUCGAAACAUCAACCCUGCUGUGGACCACUGUUGUAAAACAAACUUUGCCUUCAGAAGGUCCUGCUUUGAGGGCUUGAAAGCAGAUAAAGCCUACGUGCCUCUACCUACCUCUCAAGGCUUAUUUACCUUUCACACAGACUUGUGUCAGGCCCAUAACGAGGAGCUCCAGAGGAAGAAAGACAGGUUUCUGGUCAACUUAGUGAAAUGGAAGCCUGAACUUAGAGAGGACAAGCUGCAGUCACUGCUGACUGAUUUCACUAAGGUGGUGGCCACGUGCUGCAAGGCCGAGGGCCCCGCAGCCUGCUUCAGUGAAGAGGGUCCAAAAUUGGCAGCCAAAAGCCAGGCUGCUUGAAAAACAUCAAGUAAAACCCAUCACAGGAUGUGGAGAAAAGGGAGAAAGACCAACCUGUCUGUUUCCUAGCUGUCCUGUGGUGAAUUACAUUUUCUGAGAAGAGCACAGUGGAAGGAUUCUUCUGAAACCUUUACCUGAAAUCAUAUUAUUGCAGCAAGCAAUAAACUACAACAUUAUAAAGUUA